AUGCGGAACGAUCUGGAACAGCGUCGGGCGAACGACACCCAGAAGUUUACCUACGUUACUGUCGUGUUUCUACCUCUAGGUUUCGCAACUGGGGUGUUCAGCAUGAGCGGUGUACCCGCUGGUCAAACCCUCGUUGGUAUGGUGUUCACCGUGAUCGUGUCUUUGGCUGUCACUGCACUGAUGCUAGUUGUCACGCAGGCGUUCGACUCUAGGACACUCACCAAGUGGCGAAAGCAGGCCAUUGAGGCUGUAUCUGCAUUCUCCAAGAACUUACAGACCAUACAGAAGAAGAAGCUGGCGGACCCGGAGAGGGCAGACGCUUCAAGGUUGGGUGGUGGGGCUUAG